UAUUCGAUUGUUUGAUUUCUACCCUUUUAUCCUAAUUUCUCUGCACUUUCAGUAAUUUUAGGGUUUUCUGGUUUGUUGUGCUUUCAAUUUUUUAAUAUGUUUCUUAAUGGCUUAGAACUGGAAAAUGUUCCGAUCACAUAGAAUUGAAUCUUUGAUGCCGCAUGAGUUAAUUUUCAAUUGCAAUUUUGAAAUGUUCCGAAUUAGGGUUUCAUUCUUAAUUCUCUUUUUUACAAGGUGAACCAUGUUAUAAGAAUAGGCAUUUUUCUAAAUGGGUGUGAAUGUUUAUCUACGAAUAUUGAUAUCAUAAGUCUUGUCUAGAAGGAUUAGUACAUGCCAACAAGAUCAUGGAUACAUCUGCAAGCAGUAUUAGCCCAAACGAUGAACUCGAAUCGAGUCAUUUGCCAUUGAUAAAUGGACUUCCGGAUCACAUUGCUUUAUUUUGCUUGGCAAGGGUUCCUAGAAAGUACCAUACGGUUCUCAAGUGUGUUUCAAGGAGCUGGAGAGACUUGGUGUGCAGUGAAGAGUGGCGAGAGUAUCGCCAAAAGAACAAUCUGAGUGAAUCUUGGAUAUAUGCAUUGUGCAGAGACAAGGGUACUGAUCAAGUGAGCUGUUAUGUGCUGGAUCCUAGCUUCUCUAGGCAAAAAUGGAAGUCCAUUCCUGGUCUUCCUUCUCGUUGUCUGAAGAGAAAAGGAAUGGCAUUCGAAGCAAUUGCCGAGAAGUUAUACAUUUUAGGGGGUUGUAGCUGGUCCGAGGAUGCUACUGAUGAAGUUUAUUGCUAUAAUGUUGCCAUGAAUACUUGGAGUGAAGCAGCUUCCAUGUCAAGUGCAAGGUGCUAUUUUGGAUGUGAAUCCAUGGACGGCAAGAUCUAUGCCAUAGGUGGAUAUGGUUUAGGGACGAGUGAUCCGCAUUCUUGGGACACCUAUAAUUCUAGCACAAACUCGUGGGAAUCGCGUUCAGACCCAAACAUCAUCCUUGACAUAGAGGAUUCGAUGGUGAUGGAUGGGAAAAUCUAUAUAAGAUCUCGCACUUCAACCAUACCACCUCAUGUGUAUAUGGCUGUCUAUAAUCCAUUGAGCAACAAAUGGAAACAAAUAGAUGCUGAUUUGGCUUCAGGUUGGCGUGGCCCUAUAGUUGCUGUGGAUGAUACCCUUUAUGUACUGGACCAGAGUUUGGGAACCAAGUUGAUGACGUGGAACAAGAACUCUAGGGAAUGGGGUCUGACAUGUAGGCUCUCACCUCUUCUUCCAAGACCACCUUGCCAGAUGGUGGCUAUUGGAAGGAAAAUUUUCAUAAUUGGCAAAGGGCUUAGCACAGUUGUCUUGGAUAUUGACAAUGUUGGUAACGCGGAUGGAAUGAUAGCAAGUACCUCUAUACCCGUCUUUUCGUCGGAUGAUGAUGUAAUAAGCUGUAAAUGUGUGUCAAUUUGAAUUAUGUGUACUUCUUUACUAUGAAUUAUGAAGUGUGUAUAUUUUUAGAUGGCUGCUGAGGAGCAACUGAUUUCAUAUUUGUAAUGGCAAACGAGAUCAAGCUUUUCUUUCUAUGUAAAAGUGUGUCACGUAUAAAAAAACAUGUAGGCAAAAAUGUGCUCAAUUAUACUUCUUCUGUAUUACAUAAAAGGCAACAUUUUUAUUUUUGGUCUCUCUUU